CCUGGUUGGCUUUAUGGUAAUUUUCAAGGAAAUUUUGGCUGGUUUCCAUGCAACUAUGUAGAAAAAAUGCCAUCAAGUGAGAAAGCUGUGUCUCCUAAGAAGGCUUUGCUUCCUCCUACCAUAUCUUUAUCUGCUACCUCAACUUCUUCUGAACCACUUUCUUCAAAUAAACCAGCAUCAGUGACCGAAUAUCAAAAUGUAUCAUUUUCAAACCUAACUGUUAAUACAUCAUGGCAGAAAAAAUCAGCUUUUACUCGCACAGUGUCCCCUGGAUCUGUAUCACCUAUUCAUGGACAGGGACAGGUUGUAGAAAACCUAAAAGCACAGGCCCUUUGUUCCUGGACUGCAAAGAAAGAUAACCACUUGAACUUCUCAAAACAUGAUAUUAUUACUGUCUUGGAGCAGCAAGAAAAUUGGUGGUUUGGGGAGGUGCAUGGAGGAAGAGGAUGGUUUCCAAAAUCUUAUGUCAAAAUCAUUCCUGGGAGUGAAGUAAAGAGGGAAGAACCAGAAGACUUGUAUGCAGCUGUAAACAAGAAGCCUACCUCCUCAGCCUAUCCAGUUGGAGAAGAAUAUAUUGCACUUUAUCCAUAUUCAAGUGUAGAGCCUGGAGAUUUGACUUUCACUGAAGGUGAAGAAAUACUGGUGACCCAGAAAGAUGGAGAGUGGUGGACAGGAAGUAUUGGAGAUAGAACUGGAAUUUUUCCAUCAAACUAUGUCAAACCAAAAGAUCAAGAGAGUUUUGGGAGUGCUAGCAAAUCUGGAACAUCAAACAAGAAACCUGAGAUUGCUCAAGUAACAUCAGCAUAUGUUGCUUCUGGUUCUGAACAACUUAGCCUUGCACCAGGGCAGUUAAUAUUAAUUCUAAAGAAGAAUACAAGUGGGUGGUGGCAAGGGGAGUUACAGGCCAGAGGGAAAAAGCGACAGAAGGGAUGGUUUCCUGCCAGCCAUGUUAAACUUUUGGGUCCAAGUAGUGAAAGAACCACACCUGCCUUUCAUCCUGGUACAGAAUUGUUGGCCAUAUGUCAGGUGAUUGCUAUGUAUGACUAUGUAGCGAAUAAUGAAGAUGAGCUCAGUUUCUCCAAGGGACAACUUAUUAAUGUUAUGAACAAAGAUGAUCCUGACUGGUGGCAAGGAGAAGUCAAUGGGGUGACUGGUCUCUUUCCUUCAAACUAUGUUAAGAUGACGACAGACUCAGAUCCAAGUCAACAGUGGUGUGCUGAUCUCCAAACCCUGGACACAAUGCAGCCAAUUGAGAGGAAAAGACAGGGUUAUAUUCAUGAGCUGAUUCAGACAGAAGAGCGGUACAUGGAUGACCUCCAGCUUGUCAUCGAGGUUUUUCAGAAAAGGAUGGCAGAGUCGGGCUUUCUCACCGAAGGAGAAAUGGCCAUGAUCUUCGUUAACUGGAAAGAGCUCAUCAUGUCGAACACAAAGCUGCUGAAGGCCUUACGGGUACGGAAGAAGACCGGGGGUGAGAAGAUGCCUGUGCAGAUGAUUGGGGAUAUCCUAGCAGCCGAGCUGUCCCACAUGCAGGCGUACAUCCGUUUCUGUAGCUGUCAGCUUAAUGGAGCAGCUCUGUUACAGCAGAAGACAGAUGAAGACACAGACUUCAAAGAAUUUUUAAAGAAGUUGGCAUCUGACCCUCGGUGUAAAGGAAUGCCCCUUUCCAGCUUCCUGCUGAAGCCCAUGCAGAGGAUCACCCGCUACCCUCUGCUCAUCAGGAGUAUUCUGGAGAACACCCUGGAGAGUCACGUGGACCAUUCCUCCCUAAAGCUGGCCCUGGAGCGGGCAGAGGAGCUUUGCUCUCAAGUUAAUGAGGGAGUUCGGGAGAAGGAAAAUUCAGACCGACUGGAGUGGAUCCAGGCGCAUGUUCAGUGCGAAGGUCUCGCAGAGCAACUUAUUUUCAACUCCCUCACCAACUGCCUGGGGCCGCGGAAGCUUUUGCACAGUGGGAAACUAUACAAGACCAAGAGCAAUAAGGAACUACAUGGAUUCCUCUUCAAUGACUUCCUGCUUCUUACCUACAUGGUCAAGCAGUUUGCUGUUUCCUCUGGCUCUGAGAAACUGUUCAGCUCUAAGUCCAACGCUCAAUUCAAAAUGUAUAAAACGCCCAUUUUCCUGAAUGAAGUCUUGGUGAAACUGCCCACAGACCCUUCCAGCGAUGAGCCUGUCUUCCACAUUUCCCACAUUGAUCGGGUCUACACCCUCCGAACAGACAACAUUAACGAGAGGACUGCCUGGGUCCAGAAGAUCAAGGUGGCCUCUGAGCAGUACAUCGACACCGAAAAGAAGAAGCGAGAGAAGGCUUAUCAAGCCCGCUCUCAAAAGACUUCAGGCAUUGGACGUCUGAUGGUGCAUGUUAUUGAAGCUACAGAAUUAAAAGCUUGUAAACCAAAUGGAAAGAGCAAUCCGUACUGUGAAAUCAGCAUGGGCUCCCAGAGCUACACCACCAGAACCCUCCAGGACACGCUAAAUCCCAAGUGGAAUUUCAACUGCCAGUUCUUUAUUAAGGAUCUUUACCAAGAUGUGCUGUGUCUCACCAUGUUUGACAGAGACCAGUUUUCACCAGAUGAUUUCCUGGGUCGUACUGAAGUUCCAGUGGCAAAAAUUCGAACAGAACAGGAAAGCAAAGGCCCUACAACCCGCCGACUAUUGCUGCAUGAGGUCCCCACUGGGGAGGUGUGGGUCCGCUUUGACCUGCAGCUCUUUGAGCAAAAACCUCUGCUGUAGGAGAUUCGGGGGGAGGACAGCACCAGAGGAUACACCACAAUGUGGGGCUAGAGAAUAACAGACUAUACUGUCCUGGGACUGAGGAAACAGCACGCAGCUUCAUCCAUCACAAAGCCAUGCACGCUGGGGCCUCUAUUUUAUUGCACACUAAAUCGCUAGCAAUCUAUGCAAACAUGAUCUUUCCUGUAAAUAAACCAAACCCCAUAGCACAGUGCCUUGUAUUAGUGUUAACAUGGUAAGCUGUGUUUAGAUGCCACGGUUUCCAUUUUCAGGGCUAUAAAAAGUAUUACAUGGAAAUGAGGCAUCAGACCACCAGAUGUUACCACUUGGUUGAAUGUGUCCACUGUGGAGUGGUUUGGUGACGCUGUGACCAUUCCACACUGUGUGACCUCUGAUGGGUCACAGCCACUCAGGAGGUGAAGGGUUGGGAUGAAAUGCUGCAGCCUCUGUGCUUGAGCAGCCUGAUACUGAGAUAGCAUCUACUCGUGCACUGAAUAAACACAGAAACUUGAUCAUUUUAUUCCUGAUUAGGUUUUAUCAUUCUCUGCUAAGACAAUAUAGUUUGAAAUAUAAGAGGGAAAGCUUGAUUCACUUUAAAUACUGUGAACUCUAAUAAUGUGGAAAAUAUUUUUCGACUUUAAUUUUCUGAAGUAUAAAUUAUUUAUGUAAAUUCCUUGUUUUUGCAUAUUUCAUAGGACAUGCAUCUUUAAGCUUUAUCAUUGCCAACAUGUACAGAAAGAGAAUAAAAUCUUAAGUUUAUGAAUGUAA